AUGAUGGUGGAUUUUAUGCCGGCUAACGUAGAGAUCAAGGCGCGGGUGCGAGAUCGGGUGAAACUAGUAAGCAAUGCCGAGCGGCUGAGCGGGUCAUCAGGCUGUGUCAUCGCGCAGACAGAUACAUUCUUUCCUGUGCCCUGCGGACGGCUGAAACUGCGGGACUUCCGGGACGGCCAUGGGCAACUGAUAUUUUAUGACCGCCCUGACGCACAAGGCCCGAAGCUCUCCCAUUAUGCCAUUUCGCCCACAGAAGAUCCCUCAGGUCUGGCGACCGUGCUCUCCCAGGCCCUCGGAGUGAAGGGUGUGGUGAAGAAGGAGCGCCGCCUCUACAUGGUGGGCCAGACACGAGUCCACGUGGAUCAUGUGGAAGGGCUGGGUGACUUCAUGGAACUUGAGGUGGUGCUGGAGGAGCAGCAGAACCCACAGGAAGGGGAGCGCCUGGCCCAGCAGCUGAUGGCGGAGCUGGGCGUCGACCAAGAGGACUUGCUCACCGGGGCCUACCUGGACCUGAUGGCAGGAGGGGAGCCACAGGCAUGA